AUGAAAACAAUACAAGAACUGAAAAAGUGCUACGCUUUUGUUCGCGCUACGUUCAAUAACAACUGCGAUAGCUGCGUCAACAAUGAACAUUGUGGCUUCUGUGCGUUGAAAGAAGGCAACGCUGGUUAUUGCCUUAAACUUGGAAAUCCUGGUCCUCAUCCCGUUUCUGGUGUGGGUCCUUGCAAAUCGCCUGACGCUAUGGGUGAUGAAUACAGAUGGGAUCAGCACUCAUGCAAAACAACUUUAACGCCAGUUUUCAUUGCUAUUAUGUUAUUCUACCUUCUGGCAUUUUCCUGCGGAUAUGCUCCUCUUCCUUGGGUUAUGAAUGCGGAAUUCUAUCCGCUUUGGGCAAGAAGUACGUGCGUAUCGAUUGCCACCAUGUGCAACUGGAUCUUCAAUCUGGUCAUCUCCCUCACCUUUAUAAGCAUUAGUCAAAGCCUACAGAAAUAUGGUGCAUAUUAUUUGUAUGCUGGUUUCACUUCAGUUGCGUUGCUAUUCAUAUAUUUUUUCGUUCCGGAGACACGUGGGUGUCCUAUUGAUGAAGUCGAAAUGUUGUUUAUGAGCAAAGAGGUUCGAGAACGUGCUCUUUCCAAGAAGAGGAUAGCUAGAAAUGGAAAUGAUAAAAAUAUUACAGUAAUACAAUUGUCUUGA